AUGGCUGUGGCAGACCUGCUUACACUUACCCUGAUGCCCUUCGUUCUUGCUUCUGCUCUCCAGAACACCUGGGUUUUGGGAGAUAUAUUCUGCAAGAUUUUCCAGUUUGGACUGGCUUUCUCCUGGGCUGCUAGCAUCUAUUCCUUGUGUGCUGUCUCCAUCACUAGGGCUCGAAUCAUCAUGAGACCUUACAGAGCUCCAGAGAAGACUACCAUGAUUGUGAUGCUGAUUGUGGUUUGGACAUUGAGUUUUAUCAUCAGCUUAUCACUGCGCAUCCAUGCCACAAUGGAAACAAGGCUUGCGACAAACAUGACGUUUUGCCUACCAGCUCUCUACCCGGAGCACUAUAAGAUUGUCCUUAGCCAGUUUAUUCUAUAUUAUUUGAUCCCAGUCUUGGUGAUUGCAUUCAACUACAUCCGACUUGCUCUUUUCCUGCACAAGAGUCCGAUGAUGUCUUUGGUGAGUUCUAGAAAUACCCGAAGAGCCUCAGUAAUGAUUUUUUGUACAACUGCUGCCUUCUCGGCAUGUUGGCUUCCAGUGUAUAUUUUGGAGUUAUGCAUCUACUUGAGAGUCUACCACCAUGGCUACGCUUGGGACACUUUCUAUUUCAUCUGUAAUAUUCUUCAGUAUCUUCACCCAUGCAUCAACCCAGUGCUGUAUGUGUUACUGUCCAAACGCUAUAGGAAUAGCAAGACCAAAAGGAUCCUGUGUUGCCAAAAAAUUAAAGUGAAGCCUCAGGCCCACAGCUUAACAGAACCCUCCUAA